GCUAACACCACAAUGGGAACGGAUGUUAUUAGAUAAAAACCGCGUAGCCAGUACAAAAAUAAAGAAAAGCUACCUCAGAGUGUUUAAUUUCUGUACGAGCAAUUACGUGGUUUGUUGUUGUUAAGGUAUGAUCAGUCUACUGUUGAAAAAAACGACAGAAUGCAGUGUAAUUUGACUUCAAUUAGCUUUAUUUUGAAAUAAUUUACCGGAAGCUGGUGCUUAAAUAAUUCUUGCCUUGCGUACUACUACUGUCACUGGUAUCAUAGUCCAAUUGUGUAGGCUCUUGUGUGGAGGACUGUGGUUUAUGUGCUUCGCUUUCGGUGAAACGCAUAUUUAACAUGCUGUGUGGUGUUAAUUAGACCCGUGCAUACACUUUACAGUGUGAAAUGUUAGCUGCUAACGGUAGUUAGCUGGCUUCUCGGAGCUUUACGGAAGAUUUCGUGGUGUAGUUCAGUGACCCUCGGCUACAUGGCGACUUAGAAACACUGUUUUGCUUUUUCGGAGUCCAGGGGUGGCGUCGUAAUAUCGUAAUAUAGUUAGCGUUUUGUUCAGAAUGUCUCAGCCUGAACCCGACGACACCACACCGCUGCUCAGGGAUGAGACGAGCAGCAGUGAGGACUCUCAGGAUGAGGACUACAGAAGUCGGUGGAGGUCCAUCAGAGUCAUGUACUUCACUAUGUUCCUCAGCAGUGUUGGUUUCACUAUUGUCAUCACAUCCCUUUGGCCCUAUUUGGAAAAGACUGAUGACAGCGCUGAUGCCAGCUUCCUGGGGUGGGUAGUUGCAGCAUACAGCAUCGGUCAAAUGGUGGCCUCACCAAUUUUUGGCUGGUGGUCUAAUCACCGGCCGCGCAGGGAGCCACUGGUGUGCUCCAUCUUCAUUAACCUGGCAGCCAACAUCUACUAUGCCUAUGCGUACUUGCCGAAGGCUCAUAACAAGUAUCACAUCCUCAUGUCCAGAGUCUUUGUGGGCUUCGGAGCAGGUAACGUAGCUGUGGUGAGGUCCUAUGUUGCUGGAGCUACAGCACUGAGAGAGAGGACCGGUGCCAUGGCAAACAUGAGUGUCUGUCAGGCCUUGGGUUUUAUCCUUGGGCCAGCCCUGCAGGCAUGUCUGUCUGUCAUCGGAGAACGUGGCGUCACGGUGGACUUCAUAGACCUGAAGCUCAACAUGUACACUACUCCAGCAUUACUAGCUGCGGUUUUUGGCCUCAUCAACAUCCUGCUUGUCCUCUUUGUGCUGAGAGAGCAUCAUGUUGAUGAAGAUGGAAGACACAUUCAAGCGAUCAACUACUCAUCAGAAGAUAGAGUUGACGUUUCUGAAGAAACUGUUGAAAGCAUCGACCAGCUGGCUGUCCUGACAUCCAACAUCCUGUUCUUCAUCGUCAUGUUCAUCUUUGCCGUCUUUGAGACGUAUGUAUUUCUUCCAAGAAAAUUGCCACCCCCCUUGUCCAUGGACAUGUUUGCCUGGACAAGGAAAGAAGCUGUGCUCUACAACGGCAUCAUUCUCUGCUGCAUUGGAUUUGAAUCAAUCUUGGUGUUUCUGGCUGUAAAAUUGGCUGCUCAGAGGUUUGGAGAUCGUCCUGUGUUGCUGGCAGGCUUGGGCAUUAUAUUCUGUGGUUUCUUUAUUCUUCUUCCAUGGGGGAACCAUUACCCUAAAAUCCAGUGGGCAGAUAUCAGAAACAACUCUCUGGUCAGUCAGAUAUCUAAGCUCAUGACAGCCCCGAACAGUACUGUGGAGCCAACAGGUUGCCCAAUUGAGCAGACCUGGUGUCAGUAUACUCCUGCAAUACACAUAGCUCAGUACUUUUCAUCUGACUUCCUCAUUGGGGUGGGAUACCCAGCGUGCAAUGUGAUGUCCUACACGCUGUACUCCAAAAUCCUUGGACCCAAACCUCAGGGUGUGUACAUGGGCUGGCUGACAGCCUCAGGGAGUGGGGCACGGACACUCGGCCCAGUCUUUGUCUCCCAUGUCUACACCCUCCUGGGACCUCGCUGGGCUUUCAGCCUCAUCUGCAGUAUGGUGGCAGGAGCCAUCAUCCUCCUCAGCUCAGCCUACCGCAGACUCGUUGCCUUUUCUGUACGCCAUGGAAGGAUUGUAGAAUAACAAUGAUGGAAAUUGAUGGCCUUUUGCUACAUUUGCUUUCAGCGCACAAGUCCUGGCCAUAGUGACAGCCUUCCAUCGCUGUCACUAUGAAAUGUGAUGACUGAUAAGCUUUUAAGAGUUUGUAACUCAGGGUCUCGACCUUUAGAUUCCAGCAAAGAGGAGAUGACAGGUUGUUUUUUUUAUGACUUCACCGAAGAUGGCUGUUAAAGGGAGCUAAAACUGCAGUGAACUCAAAGCUCACUUGUUGUGAAAGAUGUGACAUGCUUUUGUAUAAGAAGGCAACAUUUCUUCGCCGUCCAAGAAAUGUAUCUCGUGAGUGAUGAACAUAACUACACAUGCAUUACAUAUUUGACAAUUUUAACAUUUCCAGCCAAAUGGAAAAAAAUACUAAUAUUAUUUUCCUAUUUCUGUUAAUGGCUUUACCUGUAGUUGUUUAAAACUGCAGGUUUUUGUCUAUCUGAAAAUAUUCAUAAAGAAGCGUCGGCAUGAGAGUGUAUUUGUAACAAUA